GCGGUCGUGACGUAGAUUCAGUCGGGGACCUUUAAUCCUCUGCCGCAGCAGCACAACCGGUAACCAGAGGAGGGGGUAGCUAGGUCGGACACGAAUGGAACCGCACAGGCUAGGCUAGCCUACACGAAAAGGCCAAAAUAUCCCGGUCUAGUUAGAUAGGGUACACGAUAAUAUCACCGUGUAAAACUGAGAGUAGGCUAGGACUAGAACGAGCCGACUAUUUGCCUAGGCCGACCCCCUCCUCUCUAUCUCUGCCUUUAGCCUACAGCCUAUUCACAGACGUUUCGCUGAAACAGACUUCAUUUAGAAACGCAGGUUGAUAUAUAUCUUUCAAACGCAUAUAUUUGACUCGUUCAGCCGAAUUUCGGUAUCUUUUAGCCGGCUUACGGAUUCUACGCCUCGUCCUGCCGGUUUCCUGCGGCCAGUUGCGCCCCUGUUCGCCCCGGUUCUCCCCCGGUUCGCCCUUCAGCGACGUCGCCGCGUCCCCGGUUCCUGUCAGCUGCUGCGCAUCGGCGAAACAUGCAGGAUGAGCCUGUGGGGGUGACAUCCACGCAAUUACCCCCGUCAACCGAGGAAAAGGGCAGCACCGGCACCACGGUCAACAAAUCCGGGAAGCAACCGAACCAAACCGACAGCCAGCUCGGGUUUUUCACUCCGGAUUCUAACCACCGGAACCAGACGACAGCUUUCCCCGAUUUCGAUCGAGAUCAUUUUUUCAUCAAUGACCUUCAGCCCAGCCGAAAAAUCCAUCAGCAGUUAAGUCAGCACACUGAGUUUAGCCCCACAGAGUCGCCCCCGCCCCAGAGACAUUUUUGUCACCUGCCGCAGAGGCAGCCCUUUAUGCCCGAGCUCUGCGCCUCUGACCCCCGCGGCUCUCCAGUGGAAGAGGCUAAAGCCGAUGCUGCGUCGUCAUCGCCCACUUCUGUAAAUCCUAACAAGAUCCAAAUGGACUCCCCCAUCGCCCACCACAUAAAUAACGGCAAUGGCAUGCAAAACGCCGGCGUAGGCUCGUCUUCACCUUCCAUACCUGGGUUUGGUACCCCGUGGUCCGUCCAGACCAGCUCCUCUCCCCCUCCCACACCCAACUCCAUCAACCCCAUCCACGCGAACGCCAUGAACCACAUGCCCAACACGGACUCCGACAACAGCUUCUACCCAGGUAUCCCCUCCUCCAUGAACCCGGCCUUUUUCCAGAGUUUUUCGCCAGUGUCAGCAAAUCCGUGCGCCGGGAUUAACGUGCAGGGCUUCAGCGGGCCUUUCUCGCCCCAGAUAAACGUCCCUCAGCAGGCGCAGAGUCGCAGGUCCCCGGCCAGUCCCCAGAUGCAUCCCCAGCAGGGCGCCUUCCUGCAGCAGAGGAACAACUACAACCAACACCAGCCCAUGGUGAAACAGUCUCCCUGGGGCAGUCACCAGGGGAACGGCUGGGGCUCCGGGGGGAUGUCCUGGGGCCGGGACCACCGUAGAGGGAGUGGCAUGGGCGUACCUGGCUCAGUCAGUCACGUCUCACCCCUGAAGAAGCCCUUCUCGAGCAACAUCAUCGCUCCUCCCAAGUUCCCACGCUCGGGUGGCUCAAUGGGGCCUAAGUCCUGGUUAGAGGAGAACAUGUUUCGCACAGACGGCAACAGCAACACUUUGUUGCCCCUGCAGGAGCGCACCAGAAUGUUUGACAGUCUGAACAUGCACUCCCUGGAGAGCUCCCUGAUCGACAUCAUGCGAGCCGAGCAGGACCCGAUGAAAGGCCGUGUGGGAUGCCCUAACCCUGGGGCUGACGGCCUACUCAUGCUCAAUGCCCGGAGCUAUGGGAGACGCCGAGCCCGCUCCUCCCUCUUCCCUAUUGAUGACAAUCUCCUCGACGAUGGCCACGGCAACCAUGCUGUCCCAGGUGUCCAUGGCUCCCCCAACUGUUACCCCCACCAAAAUGGGGAACGCAUCGAACGCUUCUCCCGCAAGGUGUUUGUGGGAGGUUUGCCUCCUGACAUAGAUGAAGAUGAAAUAACCUCAAGCUUCCGCCGCUUCGGUCACCUGGUGGUGGACUGGCCUCAUAAAGCGGAGAGCAAAUCCUACUUUCCACCUAAAGGAUACGCCUUCCUGCUGUUCCAGGAGGAGAGCUCAGUGCAGGCUCUGAUAGAAGCCUGCAUGGAGGAGGAUGGGAAGCUCUACCUGUGUGUCUCCAGCCCCACCAUCAAGGACAAGCCUGUGCAAAUUCGACCCUGGAACUUGAGCGACAGUGAUUUUGUGAUGGACGGAUCUCAGCCCCUUGAUCCCCGCAAGACCAUCUUUGUGGGAGGUGUCCCUCGCCCCCUGAGAGCAAUUGAGCUGGCCAUGAUUAUGGAUCGCCUCUACGGUGGAGUCUGCUACGCGGGAAUCGACACCGAUCCCGAACUCAAGUACCCCAAGGGGGCGGGGCGAGUGGCCUUCUCCAAUCAACAGAGUUACAUCGCUGCCAUCAGCGCCAGAUUCGUCCAGCUGCAGCACGGAGACAUUGACAAACGGGUGGAGGUGAAGCCCUAUGUCCUGGAUGAUCAGCUGUGCGAUGAGUGCCAGGGUGCGCGCUGCGGAGGGAAGUUUGCUCCCUUUUUCUGUGCUAACGUCACCUGUCUGCAGUACUACUGCGAAUUCUGCUGGGCCAACAUCCACUCCCGCGCCGGACGGGAGUUCCACAAGCCGCUGGUCAAAGAGGGAGCCGACCGCCCGCGCCAGAUUCACUUCCGCUGGAACUAGAGAUGCAACCACAGCCAUGGUGACACAGUCUGAGGAAAGGGAAAUGAAACACUGGCUAACAGGAAACCGAGCAUCGCUCCGCCUCUCCUGCUCUUCUAAGCUAUCAGUAUAAUCCAGUACGUAACACAGUAUAUACUAUAUAUAUCUCUAUAUCUUUUGUAGCAGCCAAACACCACAAGCCUCAGUUUUUCACCAAAACCCCCCUCACAUCUCAGGCUCUGACAACUCUACAACUCUUUUGUGGUACUUUCAUCUUUUCUAAGAGGAGAUUUAAAAAAAAGAGAUUGAUUUUUGUAGGUGUUUUUAUUACUAUUAUUUUUGUAUGUGAGAUUUAAAGUAGAUACGGGAAUGUUUUUUGCAUGGGGGCAGCUUGUCUGUCUGUUUGUCCGCUGCUAGCCACCCCAACAGUGUGUGUCGCGCACACUUGUAUCUGGGAAAAACCUUGAUGCUCUAAUGUUGACACCUGCCCCAGGUCAAUAACCAAAGGUAGCAAAAACAUAGGAGGCAGAAAAAUUGACACAAAACAAACAGCUUGUUUUUUAACGUUGCCAUGGGCUCUGUCUUCAUGUUAGAGAGUUUAUUUUAAAAAAACAAAAAAAGACGAGAGGGUUAUUUCUGCGCUCAUACUGACCCAUAGAGUGAUACCUCAAAACACAAAAUCUGGUUUCUGCUAACUGUAUUCAAGAUUUUUACUUAACAAGCUAUUUUAGAAGCUUUGCUGCUAUAUAUAUAUAUAUAUAUAUAUAUACGUAUAUAAGAAUAGAUGUGUAGGUAUUAUAUUUAAUGCCAUUUAUAAACCAGAAUAAUGUAAAACAAAAUGCAGUAGGCAUUCAACCACUGAUGGCCCCCAUUGCCAUGGAAAGUGCAUGUAAUAACAAUAGGCGUCGCUACACAAAAAGCAUGCAGGAUAAAAAA